AUGUCAGGAAAGGAAAGGAGUCUUUCGCCGUCCUAUCGACUGAAGAGACCGUCAGAAUUGAAUGGUAUGAACGGGAAGAGCAGUGCCGGCACUGACGGCGCCCCCAGUGAGGAGACCCUAUCGGAUAGGGCCGACACGUCCAGCAACGACGGCAGUAAUGUGUCGUCCGUUAAGGGUCGGAAGGGACCGCCUAACUCACCGUCCGUUCCCCGUCUAGACGUGUCCUCAGCCAACCUAAAACGCUGGAUACAGGAGAACAACCUGGAGAUGUUGGAGGGGGUGGUGUUCGAGGGGUACGGGAGUCGACUGAAAGAGAAGGCCCAGUACUUCACAGACGACAGGAGCGUCGACUCGUCCCUCUAUAUCGAGGAAAUGGUGCCCAAAAUGAUGAACAAGAUUCGGGUGAUUCACGCGGCCGUCUCCUGCGGUGAUCUGUUGGGACUUCAGGACAGUUUGGAUGAGAAGAAUGAUUACGUGACG